GUCUUCCAUUAUUAUAACUUGAAAGAAAGAGGAGAUUGAGAAGCUACCAAAAGCAAUAAAACAAAAUAAGGUUUCUUGAUCAUCACCUUCUCUAACCAUGAAACUUGAGCAGCCGAAUUUGGGAGAAACUGGCAAAGCUAAAGGAUCUUGGCUGCGUUAUUUUGGCAAAGCUAGAGGAAGCAGAAAGCACAGGAAGAGUCAUACAAAAACCAGCUCUCCAUCAUCAUCUUCACAAAAGAAGAAUGAGUUUUUUGAAAUGGAGUUGCCAAAAGGAAAUGCGUCGUCAGAGGAAAGAGUGGCGUGGCUACAGUCUCAGUUUAUCGGAGGCGAUGCUGAAUUUGAUUCUCCAUUCGGAAGACGAAAACUCACAUACGCCGAUCACACGGCGUCCGGUCGAUCUCUUCGUUAUAUUGAAGAUUAUAUCGUCAACAAUGUUCUCCCCUUUUAUGGCAACACUCACAGCGAGGAUAGCCAUGUGGGACAACAAACAACCAAAUUGCUACAAGAAGCAUCUCGUUACAUCAAGAGAUGCUUAGGAGGAGGAAGAGAAGAUGCACUAUUAUUUUGCGGGUCAGGUGCGACAGCCGCCAUUAAGAAGCUUCAAGAUGUUAUGGGGAUUGCAGUGACACCAAUCAUGAGAGAAAGGCUCAUAAAAUGCCUAAGAGAUAAAGAAAGAUGGAUAGUUUUUAUAGGGCCUCAUGAGCACCACUCAAAUAUUCUUUCCUGGCGGCACAGUUUGGCUCAAGUUAUAGAGAUUAGUGUUGAUGAUGAAGGCCUGAUUAAUAUCGAAGAGCUGAAGGUGCAACUUGAGUUACAUAAAAAUUCCAAUCGACCCAUUUUAGGUUCUUUCUCUGCUUGCAGUAAUGUCAAUGGAAUUUGUUCGGAUACAAGAUCCAUUGCUAGACUACUUCAUCAAUACGGAGGCUUUGCAUGCUUCGACUUUGCUACAAGUGGUUCAUAUGUGGAGAUUGACAUGAGAUCAGGGGAGAUAGAUGGGUAUGAUGGUGUUUUCCUAAGUGGACAUAAGUUUGUUGGAGGUCCAGGGUCCGCUGGCAUCCUUCUGAUGAGCAAAGUUCUUUAUCAGCUGAGCUCCUUUCCUCCCUCAACUUGUGGAGGUGGAACUGUUAAUUAUGUCAAUGGCUUCAAUGAGAAGGACACAUUAUAUUUGGAUGAUAUAGAAGGAAGAGAAAAUGCUGGAACUCCUCCAAUUAUUCAAACCAUUAGAGCAGCAUUGGCCUUUUGGGUAAAAGAAUACAUUGGCUAUGAGGUGAUGAAGGCACAACAAGACAUAUACCUCCAAAGAGCACUAGAGAGGCUUCUCCCAAAUCAAAACAUAAAAGUUUUGGGAAACACGACUGCCAAAAGACAAGCUUUAUUUUCCUUCCUUGUAUAUUCCACUUCAUAUUCUUCCCGAGAGGCCAUGCAAAACGUGAUCAGAGAUAAGCCUCUUCAUGGAUCUUUCGUUGCAACUCUGCUCAAUGACUUGUUCGGCAUCCAAGCUCGUGGUGGCUGCGAUUGUGCCGGCCCUUAUGGUCACAUUCUACUUGAUCUUGACAAAACUCAAUCUCUUAAAAUUCGUUCGGUCGUACAAAAGGGUUAUUUCGGACUGAAACCGGGAUGGACACGAAUUAGCUUCCCUUUCUACAUGUCGAAUGAGGAAUUCGAGUUCAUUCUUUCUUCAUUGGAGUUUAUAGCUUUAUAUGGACAAAGAUUUCUUCCCUUAUAUCGUUUCAAUUUGAAAACUGGUAACUGGUGUUUCAAUGAGGCACAGAAGAGCUUGAUAACCGACAAGGGAAACAGUAAUCACAAAAGUCAAUUCAAGCCAUUGGCCAAGGCCAUACAAGAUAUAGGGAUGCCUAAGGAGUAUUUAUACAGUGCUGAUGUUAAACAUCUUGGAAAGAUUUAUAUUUAUUCAUCUUAUUUUGAUGCUGCUAAAAAUGUUGCUAAUCUUCUUCCCAAGAACCCUCCUCGGCGAAGUUUGCCAAAAGACAUAGAUCCUGAUAUCUUGUUUUUUAGAAUCUAAUCACUAGACUAUUCAGUUAAACCUUGUUAUGUAUUAAUGUAUGAACGUUUAUGUUAUUAUUAUUUUAUAAUUAAGAUGAAAUUUUUUAAGA